AUGAAUGACAACCUCAAUGAUUUUGAAGCAAAAACCUCUCACAUUGCAAAGCAAAACGUUGACAUUGAAAGAAGCGAUUUUGUAUCUGAAAUACCGUACACUGAAUAUGGAAAUGUCUCUCAAUGCCCACCAAAUAUCUUCAAGAAAAAUUCAACCAGGUUGUUGCAAACAUGGUGUAGAAUUGCCGAACGCUACAAUAUUUCCUGGGCUUCGUUUUAUGGGUCGUUACUUGGUGUGCUAAGAAACACCGAUAUUAUACCGUACGACUCGGAUAUCGACGUACUUGUUGAUGCUUCAGAUGUGGGUAAACUUCGGAGGCUAGAACAUUCGAGGAAUUUUGAUGUCAAAGAUCAUAAAACUCGUCUUGUACUUGUGCUUGACUUUAAGCACCCUGUCGAGAAUAGACGAUACAUCACUUGUGAAGGAAAGGAAGUAACAGAAAUGUCUGACGAGUGUUCCUUCACGGAUCCUAUGGGACGUCUUAUAAGUGGACCUCUACACAUCGACCUCUACGACUACUACGACAAAGGAAAUMAUAUCGAAGACCCCUCAGAAAAAACGCUCAAAAGAUAUGAAGUUAAAGACUUUUUUCCCUUCAAUGAAUGUAAGUUUCUUGGAAUAAGAUGCAAAUGUCCUCAAAAUCCUAGAAAAUUACUCACGCAGUACUUCGAGACAAGGAAUUUGAAUCCCUCAAAGCGCUGCAUUAACGGUAUCUGGACUUAUGUAUAA